AUGAAUCUGUUGAUACGAUUCGUCGUUUCUAUUUACCUAUUAUCCACCGUUUUAAUCACAAUUUAUGCCAGUAAUACACUUAAAGGAUGGAAUUCUCACUUUGGACGAGCUCCACUUCUCGAACGAUAUUCCUGGAAGAUUCUUGAUUUUGCUUAUCCCGACGAAGCGAGUAGAAAGCUCGCUUUAUCAAUGGGAGAAUUCAUACCGGAGAAUGCAUUACCAGUGGGUAUAGAAAUAUGGCGUAAUAAGCUCUUCAUCACGGUUCCAAGAUGGCGAAACGGUAUACCAGCGACACUGAAUUACAUUUCGUUGGAUGCAAAUCGUGGAGGUUCACCUAAACUCACUCCAUAUCCAAAUUGGGCUCAGAAUAAGGCUGGUGCUUGCGGAUCUGGAUUAACUACUGUAUAUAGAAUACACGCUGACGUAUGCGAUAGAUUGUGGGUUUUGGAUACUGGUACUAUUGGAUAUGAAGAUACAACUGUGCAAGCAUGUCCUUACACAUUAAAUAUUUUCGACUUGAACACAGAUAAAAUUCUGAGACAGUACAGGCUCCGUCCAGACGAUAUCAAUCAAAAUACUUUCAUCGCGAACAUAGCCGUAGAUCUUGGAAAGGGUGGCUGUAAUGAUGCCUUUGCCUACAUGUCAGAUGAACUCGGUUACGGACUGAUAGUUUAUUCUUGGGAACAAAACAAAUCUUGGCGAAUAACUCAUAGCUAUUUCAUGCCUGAUCCACUUGCUGGUGACUACAAUAUUGCUGGUCUUAACUUCCAAUGGGGUGAAGAGGGUAUUUUUGGUAUGAGUCUUUCUCCAAUAGCCUUCGAUGGCUACAGAACGCUUUUCUUUCAUCCAUUGAGUAGUUAUCGAGAGUUUGCCAUCUCUACGAGAAUCUUGAGGAACGAGGAACUUGCAAAGAACAGCUAUCAUGAGUUCCAGGCACUCGAAGAGAGAGGACCUAACUCACACUGUACUGCAUCGAUUAUGGACGAGAAUGGAUUGCAAUUCUUCAAUUUGGUCGAUCAAAAUGCAGUGGGAUGUUGGAACUCUCAGUUGCCUUAUAUUUCCGCUAAUCACGCAUUAGUCGCAAAACACGACGAGGCUUUAAUAUUCCCAGCGGACGUCAAGGUGAAUAGAGGCAUGCUUUGGAUAAUAUCGGAUAAGAUGCCCGUUUUCCUACUUUCAACCUUAAAUUAUACUGACAUAAACUUCAGAAUAUUAACUACACCAGUUCAGGAAGCUAUCUCUGGCACAGUUUGCGAAAACACACCUUGGCGAUACGCCAGUAAUCACAUUUGGUGGGACCGAUGAUACCGAUAUAAUCGAAAUAAAGUAUAAAAAAAGUGUAAAAUCUAUUUUGAAAAAAGAUGAAAGCACGUGUUUACCCGCUCAAGGUUUCAAGCGGUCUCCUGUUGGCCUCGAGAGUUCCGGUCAUCUAAAUACAAUUGGUCGUUUGUACGAUCGGCAACUUCGUUUUCUUAUUCUUCUUAUUCUUUUU